UGGCACAGACGUGAGGAAUCUGGUGGCUGGCUUCAGGGUCUGUAGAACCCUCUCUGUCCUGUGGUUCCCAAACAGAGCCUCAGCCGUUCCAAAAAUGGCCUGGAGACAGCUCUUUCUGGCCUCCUGUCUCUCAGCUGCUGUGCUCCUGACCAUGCUGCAGGAGGGGACUGGUGCGUCAGUGGGUACCCGGCAGGUGGCAAGACAAGAUGUCCAGGAAGAUGUGAAACAGAAGAUCUUCAUGCAGGAAUCAGAUGCCUCCAAUUUCCUCAAGAAGCGGGGCAAGCGGUCCCCCAAAUCCCGAGACGAGGCCAACGCGGAGAACAGGCAGAAGCUGCGGGCUGACGAGCUGCAGAGAGAAUAUUACGAGGAACAAAGGAACGAGUUUGAGAACUUCGUGGAGGAGCAAAAUGAUGAACAAGAAGAGAGAAGUCGGGAAGCUAUCGAGCAGUGGCGCCAGUGGCACUAUGAUGGCUUGUACCCAUCAUAUCUCUAUAACCGCCACCACAUCUGAUCUCAUCUUGACAGACCACAGUGGAGCCUGAAACUCACUACCCACCCCAGGUGUUUGAACAACACUUCCACAUGAACAGGC